UGUAGUUGGCAAUUCGUGCUGCAGUGGUCAAGUGAAAAUUUUUUCUUCUCUUCGUAGCGUUUGUUAACUUUUCCUAUUGUUUUUAUGUUUAAAUGCGUUUGCAAACAAUCGUUUCAACAAAAUAGUGCAUUUGAAUGAAACGAAAUUCUAUAAAAAUUAAAAGAAAAUUUUUAAAAAAUACGAAAAAAUCAAAGUGUGCAAUUAUUAGAGGCGUGAGGCAGCUAAGAAAAUGCGCAAAUUAUAAGUGCAAAAGUGGUCCCAAAAAUAGAAGAAUUAAGAUGUCCCGUGGAUUUUGAAGAGCUCAAAUAAACAAAAAGGGUAUAAAUUAGACAAAAUUCAAGAAAAGGUAUCGUCGAAAACGAUAUAGCAUAAAAAGAAUAUUGACACUAUUCAUAAAUUUGAUGGGCGGUAAUAGUACAACAAAUACAUUUACCGCUGGUGGUUACAUAGGUCCUGCUAGUGGAAUUAGCGGUGGCGGCGGAAGCAGUGGGGGCGCAGUUGGUGGUGAUCUCAUACCAAACAUGAGUGCCGCUAGUGGUGCGUCGUAUGCCUAUGGCACUAGCUGGGAGGAGUUUUGCGAACGUCAUUCUCGUGUGGCUGCUGCGGACUUUGCCAAAGCCUGUAUUGGUUACAUAAAUGGGAAUCUUCCACCCGAAGAGGCGCGUAGUAUUUCAUACCGUUGUUUUGGACAAAAGUUCGCCGAAGUGUUCGUGGAUCAUUUCGAAACGGAAUUCUGCCUGAGGCGCAACAAUCUAUGGACUGGUAAUGGUAAUUCAUUGGAGGAGAGCGGUAGCGCAGCUGAAGACUCACCGAAAAUAUUUCACAAAGCGUUUUUUCGACGGCUUUCAUUCAAGGGACUGCGCAAGGGCAAGAAUUUCUUAUUCUUGCAGACACUAUUUCAUAAAAACUCUGAAGAUUUAGAUGGCAGCAAGCAUAGCAAGACCAAGAUCUCGAAAAUAAUUGUAGAAUGCCGAAAGGAAGGUUACGUCUAUAAUUUGACGCCCGAAAGUUUAGAUCAGCCGACGGGUACACAAAAAUGGGAAAAAUGUCGGCUUGCUUUGGUCAAAGCCGUCGGCGGUUACAUGCUGGAGUUCUAUACACCGCCUAAAGCUACAAAGCCACGCAGCGGCGUAUUUUGCUUUUUAAUAUCGGAAGCACGAGAAACUACGGCACUAGAGAUGCCCGAUCGUGAAAAUACCUUUGUACUAAAAGCCGAUAAUAAUAUGGAAUAUGUUAUUGAGGCAGAAAGUGCUGAUGAAAUGCGCAGCUGGUUGGCUACUAUACGCUACUGCAUGCGUACGCCGCCGACACAGCAAUUGCCCUUAGAAUCUGCUGAUGCAUUGGUUACUGGAAGUGGUAGUGUAGGCGGUAUAAUGGGUGGAAUUUCAGCAACAACUUCGAUGGCCAUGAGCCCGAGUGGCAAUUUGACCUCAACAGAUGCCAGUGCUAAUCGAAGUGGUGGUGCUGCUGCCGUCGGUAGCGGUGUCAACGCUGUGCAUAAUCCUCAAUAUCACCAAUCAAGCGGACUAGGCUCAAACGGUAAUGUCGGUCCCAGCAGUUCUCUGUCGGAUAAUGCACUUGCUACCGUUAAUGCUGCGGGUGUGAGUGCUUCAGCGGCUGCAAGCGGUGAUGCUAAUGCGCUGGAAAGUAUACCGGAUAUACCACCUAGGCGUGGCGAACAACGUCUUUCAGCAUCGAGUAAUUUCGAAGCAGAAUGUGAAAACGAAAUUGAUAUAAAUGUAGCAGAUCUGACAAAUGAAAUGCGACAGUAUCCAUGGUUUCAUGGUACACUGCCACGCUCGGAAGCGGCGCGCAUGGUAUUACACUCUGAAGCGGCGGGACAUGGUUUCUUUUUGGUGCGUCAAAGUGAAACGCGCAAGGGCGAAUUCGUGCUCACAUUUAACUUUCAAGGACGAGCAAAGCACUUGCGCAUGACUUUGUCGGAGAAGGGCCAAUGUCGGGUGCAACACUUAUGGUUCCCCUCUAUACAGGAGAUGCUCGAGCACUUCCGGCACAAUCCUAUACCAUUAGAGUCGGGCGGCACCUCUGAUGUGACACUAACCGAGUGGGUGCAUAAUCAGGGCACAUCAUGCAGCGGUACAAACGAUGUUAGCAGCGCUGAAAUAAACGGUGGGCAUCAUCCUCAUCAUCAACAACAACAACAGCAACAGCAUCCAUCGCCAAGACAUGUGAGAUAGCCUAAAUUUUGGAGUCCAUUCAGUGUCAGUGAUGAUUUUUGUUUGACGUUUUGGUAUUUGCGUUUGUAUAUUUUAACGUUCUUUAUUUAUGUUGAUAAUAACAUUCAACAGAACGCCAUUAAAUUUGCAACUAUUUUAAUAGUGUCUAACAGUGUAAUAGAUAUGAACUUAAAUACAGACCUACAAUUCGAGUUGAAUAUUUGAGAAGAAAAAACUUACGAAUUUGAUGGUAGCUUUAGUUUUAAGUUUAGUAAUGAUAAGUAACGUUUCCUUAUUGUUUUUAGUUUAGUAUUUUAUCUAUUUUACACCAUAAUUGGCACAAUUUUUUUUUUGUUAAUAGAUACUAUUUUCCAUAUGCAAAAGUAUAGUUUAUAACUACAUAUGUUUUGUAUUCAAAAUCCUUCUUACGUUUAGUUGCAUGGAUCUGAAUCAUCAGCUUUCCACAACAAAACCAAACAAUACUAACACCAGUCGCACGCAAUGUGUUCGUGUCACGUAUUCAAAAUCAAAGUGCCAUGUCUUUUCUUUUCUUCCUAUUCUUCCAUGCCACUUUGCUUUUGCCACAUUAUGGGCGGAGAGCAGCCGCAGCAAAUAAUCACAAUGAACAUGAGUGUACGCCUAAAAUCCUGCGAAAUUGAGUUACCGUUCCUACAACAAACGC